AUGGCGGUGGUGCUAUUCCUGGUGGCCCUCCUGGCGUCUCUCGGGGUGCCCGUUACUGCCAGUUCCCUUUUGGAGGCUCAGCUGCUGUCCCCCCGAGAUGUGGCUCGUUCUGCGGUCGAGGCCUAUAAUCAAGAAACUGGAACGCAGGCAGUGUUCAGGCUGUUCAAGCUCAAAAGCUUCCACAAAACACAAUUUGACUGGGGCACGCACUUCAGCAUCAACUUCACCAUCAAAGAGACGAACUGCCGGAAAAGCGUGGCUAGCUACCGCAUCGAGGACUGCAGAUAUCGGCCAAACGGGAUAACAAGGGAUUGUUCCGCCAACGUGUCAGUUCUUGACUUCGUACAAGAGGCACCUUUGACAUCUGUGAAAUGCACCCAGCAGCAGCGGCCGAAAAAACCCAGCAAGAAACCAAAACCCAAGGCCCAGACUGUCCCCAAAGUGACUGUAAAGUACUUCACGUCGUCUUUCUCUACCGCGGCCCUGACAGCACCAGAAGAAGACUAA